GUCGCGGUAUUUGGCGACAAUCAAGGGGUCAGCCAAUCAAAUGGCGAGCUGGACUUUAAUUAUAAAGAGGGUGUUUGAAAAUUUUCCAGCUCCAGCACGCUCUUGGCACGUGUUUGGAAGGCAGCUGGAGCCCACAAAUCUUGGAUUUUGCUGCCAACCCACUGGUUUCCAUUUUUUUUUGAGUUCCCCUCUUCUUUAUUCCUCUAUCGGCUCCUCUCCAAAUGACCGUAGAGACAGCACCAAAAGUAUUAGUUCUCGGAGCACUGGGCUUCGUAGGCCGUAAUUUUGUUCAAUACUUGGUUGAGAAUAAGCUAGCAUCCAGCAUUCGCGGUAUCGACAAAGCAUUGCCACAAACAGCCUACCUAUCGCCUGCUGUGAAAGCUGCGUUCGAUCAUCCAAGCGUUGAAAUCAUGCAGGCAAACUUGAUUAAUCCUGUCUCGAUCGAAAAAUGUUAUACGCGUUCAGAUGGGACAGAAUUUGAUUAUGUGUUCAAUUUCGCUGCUGAGACAAAGUACUCUCAGGUCUCGGAGGUGUACCGAGAACGCAUCUAUAAUUUAUCUGUCAACUGCGCCAAAGAAGCCGCCAAACGCCAUAUCAAAGUGUUUUUGGAAAUGUCCACUUCGGAAGUCUAUGACUCUAACAAGGAACCCUCCACAGAAGGUUCGCCACUUAAACCCUGGACCUUAAUUGCAAAGCAGAAAGUGGAGGUUUGCAAGACAUUGAAGAACAUGGAAGGUCUCAAUCUGGUCAUUGUCAGACCUGCUGUCGUGUAUGGUGUUGGAGCCACCAGUGGUAUCACCACUCGAUUAGUGAUCGGAAGAGUCUACAAAAAAUUGGAUGAAGAAAUGAAAUUGCUAUGGAAUAAGGACCUCAAAUUAAAUACUGUACAUAUACGCGAUGUUGUGCGAGCCUGCUGGCAUUUGGCGAAAUGGUACGAUGAGAACGGUAUCGCUACUAGAAAGGACCGCAAGAUUUUGUUCAAUCUUGCCGAUAAGCAAGACACAGACCAAGAGACCAUUAAUCAACAUUUAGAGACUAUCUUCGGUAUUAAGACUGGUUAUCAUAGUUCUCUCAUAUCGAGCUUUGCAAAGCUCAACUUGGGAACAGUGACUGAAGAUGUGAACGAGAAGCAUCUCGGACCUUGGGCCGAUCUGCUCAAGGAAUCAAAUAUCGCCAUAUCGCCACUUUCUCCCUACGUCGAUGAGGAGUUACUGCACUCUCACCCUGUCAGUGUAAACGGUACGCUAAUUGAGCGAGAGACAGGGUUCACCUAUGAAGUACCUUACAUCACUAAGGAGAAGUUGGAGGAGAUUAUCAAUGGAUACAAGGAGCUCAAGGUUUGGCCAACUGCAAACUAGAGGGGUUGCCUUCAUUCAUAUUUGUUUUCCCUUGUCAGUCCAAAUACGGUACGCCUUCUUGAAACGCAAUGUCGCGUUAAAACCUUCCUUUAUACUUAUUCCCUGAGGCCUGCAUGACCCCAACCUAUGUACCAAGUAAAUCCAAGCUCACCGCAAGAUGGAUGAAAUGUUUCUAUUUUUCCUUCAAGGAAAACAAAAGAGCAAGAGCAUUAUGACCCCCCAUUAUACCUUUGUCUUUUCCAUACUUAUGUGACAGCAAUCAAAAUAAAAAAUAAAGCCAACAAUCUAAGGGCAUAAUAUAACUUUUUGUCGCCAACAUUGCCGAAGUUUUAAAGUUUUAAUAACGGAAAGGGAUUAAGAAAAAAACAAAUUAUGAGCCAAGUUCUUGGGAAGGUAUGCAAUAGCUAGGAGUAUGAGCGAGGAAAAGGAUCAUUAAUGGGUGUGUGUAGGUGAGAAAGGGGGUUUAUGAUGCUAU